AUGGUCACACCAAAUGUCUAUUCACCCAUCGGGACUCCCUCGGUCCCCCCACAUGGUUUCCGCCAGAACCGUCUGUUUUCAAAGACACAGAAACCACUCGGAUGUUAUGGUGCGGGAAACAAUGCAAUAUCCGAGAUCCACAUUGUCAUGGAAUAUUGUGGAGGUGGAGACCUGCACACCAACAUCAAACAGCACAGGGCUUCGGGACAAUACUUCCCUGAAAGACAAGGAAGACAUCGGGUGUUUUUGGACGUCGUCAGGGCUUAUCUGCACUCGAAGGACGUCAUCCACAGGGACAUCAAACCCCUGAAUAUCCUGAAACACGAAGAGGGAACCAUCAAACUUGGGGAUUUCGGACUCGCCAAGAUUCUUCGAUCCAAGAAAGAUAUCCAGGCUUCUGUUGUGGGAACCGUCAUUUAUGCAGCGAGUCGAUUUCUGGUUUGA